GAACCUCUGUUGAUUCGACAUUUGCUAUGGCGCACGUUGUGCAGGCAUUGGACCAGCCGUCAAAUUACAAGGACUCACAGGCCCGCGUGGAUAGAAGUAAGCAAAAUGAGCUGCUGUCGAGAUCAACAACACUAUACAUUGGUAAUUUGAGUUUCUAUACGACAGAAGAGCAGAUAUACGAGUUGUUUACAAAAUGUGCCAGCCCGGAGGAUGGUGGAGGUAUCAAACGUAUCAUUAUGGGUCUCGACCGCAAUACCAGAACGCCGUGUGGAUUUUGUUUCGUUGAAUACUAUACCCAUGCGGAGGCUUUGGCAAGCAUGAGAUAUGUUAGUGGUACCAAGUUGGACGAGCGCAUCAUCCGUUGUGAUUUGGACUUAGGCUACAAGGAAGGAAGGCAAUUCGGUCGAGGCAAGAGCGGUGGACAGGUGAGAGACGAGCACAGGCAAGACUAUGAUCCUGGUCGUGGAGGAUGGGGUGCUCAAGCGCAGAGACUAGAGAUUGAGAGACGUAGAGAAGUAGAAGAGCGUUAUGCUGAUGCUACGGAAGGUCCUGGAGCUGUGGCAGGUGGUGGUGAAGACUGGAAAGAAACAGAGGUACCAGGUGAAGUUACACAUAAAAGAGGACGGUCACCUGAAGAUGAAGGGGAUAACACCAGAUUGGGUCACCGUUCUCGUAUAGAUGACAUUGAGGCUGAGAGAAUGUAAUUUUGUUGCUGCUGUUGUACAACAGGUUUUGCGCGAUUUUCAAUUAGUCAUAGACUUGAAAGACAAAAAGAAUAAAUUAUGCAGUAAUAUUCUUGUUAAUGCACCUCUAACCAAGACGUUUAAUAUAUGACGCGCGCACGUAUCUCAUACUUCUCCCCCCAUGACUCUGGCUCAUAAAACGUCAUAUGUAGCCUCCGAACCAAACGAUGAGCCUCUGCCACUGAUGACAUGCGAACAAGAUAUCUCGUGUACAGGGAAAAGCCACCU